UAGGAGAAUGUGGCAUGAGGGGAUGUGAGCCUUUACCAGAAGAGAGGCAGGACUAGUGUGCUGUAACAGAGGAGAAUUCAGCUUCUGUGUACUGAUUCCUGGAGGGGGACUAAGAACCCAGCAUGGCAGUGGUCUUUUGAAUCCAGUUGAUCACCUGAGCCUUUAUUGGUCAGUUUUUCUUUGGAGUGAGUUGAAGGAAAUGAGUCAGUUCCCUGUGUGCAAGUGAUUUCUGAGAGACAUUAAGGGAGCCAUCGGUGUAAUGCCCUGUGAUUCUGACCUGGGAUGGUUUGAGCAGGAUCAGAGUGUGAGGAGAGGGUCAGGCAAGAAGGGAAAGCCAAAUAGGGGUCUCUGAGUCAAAGGCUUCUGUCAGCGGAGGGAUGGGUCACAUCUGCAUUUCCUAGAAGACUGGCAGCCUUGGGGAGGAUCAAUGGGAAGGGGAAGGAUGAGGCCAGGUGGCAGCACACAGAGGAAGGGUUCUAGGUGGCCUGAGGAAGGGAGGUGGGAGCCUGGGGCAGGUAUGUGCACAGCAGAAGUGGCACUCACAGGCUGGAGCUGGCAAAGGCAGGAGGAAGAGCAAGAGAGGAACACACAUGCACAGGAUCCCCUUUAUGAGCACCGUCAUCUCUGGAUGGGAGGUCACGAGGCCCCAGCCUCCUCUUGCUCCUCACUCUCCACCUGGGGACAGAGUGGGAGAGAAUGGAGCCAGUUGCUGGAGUGGGGACGGGAAGAGACUGCAGCCAUCCCUGCUGCUCCUCAGUGCUGGCACCAGGGCAGCAAUGGCCAGCCUGUGCCCUUUCCCCAUCAGUGCCUGCUGGAAAAGACCCCUUGGGCCUGCAGGGGCUGGGACUACAGGCUGGUGACAAAACAAGUGUCACACAGUCUGAGGUGCUGGUCGCCCAUGCUGAGGCCCAGGUUUCCAUAGGAACAUGUCCACCCGCCUCCAUGGUCCUGGGAAAUGUGGAAAGGGAGAGGAAUCUGGGGUGUGAAGAGAAGAUCAAAUAGCGUGUCGAACUGGCCUAGCCUGUCCUCAAGUUGGGAAGAUUUGGUGGAGAAAUAUGUAAACCCCAACUUGCGCAUGUCCUUCAUCGUGUUUAACACAAGGUCAAGAAUUGAAUUGAUGCUCACCUCAAAUAGAACAGCGAUUUACCAUCGUCUUGUAGCUUUGGAGAACAUUCCCACUAGUGGGGAAAUCUACCUGCAGAAGGCAUUCAGACAGGCAAAUGAGCAAAUUGCAAGAGCCAACUCUGGAGCCAAAAGGGUAUCUAGCAUGAUCAUCGCUGUGGUUAGUGGACCACUGAGGCUAGACGUAUUCAAUGAGACUAUGAUUGAGGCUCGUACAGCUCGGACUAUGGGAGCAUACAUUUACCUCAUUGGUGUCGACAACUAUAGCACAUUCCAGUUGAAAGCAAUUGCAGACAGCCCAGAACACGUGUUUGGCAUACAUGGGGCACUCAGGAACCUGCAUGGAAGAGUUGACUAUAUUGGAACAAGGGCCUGUCUCGAACUCAGAUAUGUGGAGCCUUCCCCCCUGUGUCCAGCAGCCAAGCAGGUGGUUCUGAAAGGCUACGGCUUCCAUAAUGCAAGGAGCAGGAACCAGGUCAUUUGCAGAUUCAAGUUCAGUAACAAUGUUGCUAUCGAUGAACAUCCAAUCAGGAUGAACAUGACCACCAUAACUUGUCCCACACCACAAGCAGUGCAACCUGGACAGAACAUCACAGUGGAAGUCAGCCUGAAUAAUGGGAGGGACUUCCUUGCCCGCAGCAUCAGGGUGGAGGCCACUGCCGACUGUAAUCGGGCCCCCAUAACCACUACUAAGCGCCCGAGGACUCGUCCACCUCCAACAACAACAACAACCACAACAACGAUGGCGACAACAACGACGACUACAAGGACACCGACACCGACGACAACGACAACGACAACGACAACACCGUUAAAAACCACCCCGACAACCCCGCAGCCCACAAGCCCCACAAGCCCCACAAGCUCGGCUCCACCCCAGCCCACAGAUCCAGCCCCAGUCAUUCCUCUACCCGCGGUCAUCACUGUUGCCCAGACCACUCCAGCCCUGGGCACAAGGCCACCACAAACAAUGCCAAGCAAAACACUUCUGGGGAUCAGUGCGGUGAUGGGGCUGCUGAUGAUCAUCCUGGUGCUCUGCUGGGUCUGGUGGUUGUGCUGCAGAAGGCCUGAGAAAGAGCCACCACCCAGACCCAGGCCCAAAAAGAGGCCGAGAGUCAAGAAACCUGCUCCUCUGGCUUCUCCACUUCCUCCUCCUCCUCCACCACCUGCCCCAGCACCAGCCCUGCCACCUAUCACCGUGUGCCCCACCAUUAUCGUGUGCUGCUGUGCGUGCCGUGGCGUGUGUGUGAACAGAAGCCCGGAGGGCACCAUGAUUUUGUGUAACUUCAGUCACCCCAGCUGCCACCAGGUGCCACUGAUAUGGUCUCAGCUCAGUGACCAGGGCAGCUGUACCAACUUUGACCUCCUGAAAACACUCUGUGCCCAGGGCCCCUUGGCCUCCCAGAUCUGCCUUCAUCCCAGCCAGGACAGCCUGCCCCUGGCUUACUGUUCCCAGUGCCACCACCCUGAAGCCUGGAGCACCAGGUCCCCUUCUAGGAUGCUGCCCCUGCUGUAUCCUCCUUCCAGGACAGCCUGCAGGCCUGCACUGUCACUGCCACCUCCAUAGGCCACCUCUCAGAUCCCAUGGCCCCAGAUGAGAGGUCUUGUUGCUGAAUUGGGCAUGGCAUGUUGUCUUGGAUUCUAAUAAACCAGAGUUGAAUUUUGUUACUGAGUAGAGAGAGGGUCUGUCACUGGGCAGAUGUUCCCCUGUCUGAGUUGUGAUUAUUCUGCACUGCCCAGAUAUGCAUCCUGGUGUCCUGUGGAUGCCAGGCAUGGUUGACCCCAUUGCCACCACUCUGUCUUCAUCUGUCAC